UGCAAGUAACUUCCACGCGACCGCGUGCGUGCAUCACGACUCGCGUCGUAGCCUCUCGUCUCUCGCGUUCGGCUUCCGCUCGGGGGCGCGAAUCUUCUCGACCCAUCGAGGCAAGAAACCCAAGCCUAAUCCGACCCGCCAUGGCUUUCCUUUCCUUGCUCCCCCCCUUAUCUUCCCGCGGGUAGUAUAUAAUCAUCCCCUCCGCCGGUCUCGCUUCCUUGCGCAACCAUCCAAUCCAAUCCAAUCGAACCACCACCUGAUUGACUAGAGCGAAAGCACAAGCCGCCCACGCAUCUCGAUUCGAGCAGCAGCAGCAGCAGCAGAAGCGGCGCGCAGAGCUCGUGACGAGAGCAACCUUCCUUCCGUUCCUCGAUCGCCAUGGACAAGGUGCUGGCCUUCUCGAUCCUGAGCGCGUCGCCGGCCGACCUCUCCUCCACGGGCGCCGGCUUCGGCGGGAGCUGGGCGCGGCUGUCGUGGCGGAGGGGCGCGGACGACCAGCGUGCGCCGCGGCGGGAGCAGCAGCAGGAGGAGGACGAGGACAGGGAGAAGCGAGACUUGCGCUCCCGCGACGGCGGAGCUCACGCGAGCGGAGGGGGAGCGGCGGCGGCGCCACCGCGGUUCGCGCCGGAGUUUGACGGCAUCGACUGGUUCGGAACCAUCGUGUCGCGCUGAUCAACAAUCCGGGCUCGGCCGACGCGCCCCCCGAGUUAACCACGUGACCAAUCCUGUCUACUAUGUUUUUUUUACCUUAUGGUGGAUUAAUUGUCCCAACACAGAUAAUUGGGACUCCGCGUGUUGUACAUACAGGGAACUGCUCAAUUACCAGGUGGGAUGGGGAACAUUUAUUUGUUCCUGUCCUCUGCAUUUUUUUUUCUGUACCGAAAUGGAUGGAUGGUCUCCAAUUUGAAACCGA